AAUAGAAAAGCUGAAAAGAAAAGAAAUUGUGGUUUAUCCCCACGUCAGCUCCACCCAAAUUCUCCAUAUUUUGUUAUUAUCCGCUCACCCACACCAGUCACCAACCACAUCUCUUAAAUCCCUAAUUUCUCUUCUACGCCUUUCUAGACAACAAACCAAACUUAAACUUAAUCCUCUUUACUCUUGACUCUUGACUCCCUUGAAAAAUAUAAGAGAAACCAUCUUUAUCCCCUCCAUCCACCACUGCACUCUUGUUCAUACAUGCACCAUGAAGAUUUUCAACCCCGCUGAAUGCUUUCUCUGGAACGUGGUAGCGGCAUGUCCCUGGGACACCAUAUUCGUGAAAAGCAGCAACCUUUCCCACAUGGGUGCCUCCCAUCUGCACCAAUUCAGAAUGUCCAUCCUCUCUAGGCCCAACUAGGCACACGGCACACCCCAACAUCCAAAACACACACACACAGCAGUAAGAAAACCCAUGGAUCCACAAAGCGAAAGCCAAAGCGAAAGCGAACGGAGCAUAAUCUUCAACAAGUACGAGAUGGGGCGGGUCCUGGGGCAGGGAAACUUCGCCAAAGUGUACCACGGGAGAAACCUGGAGACCAACGAGAGCGUGGCCAUAAAGGUGAUAAAGAAAGAGAAGCUGAAAAAAGAGCGUCUGGUGAAGCAGAUAAAGCGCGAGGUCUCGGUCAUGAGGCUGGUGCGCCACCCCCACAUCGUGCAGCUGAAGGAGGUGAUGGCCACCAAGGGCAAAAUAUUCCUGGUGAUGGAGUACGUGAAAGGCGGGGAACUCUUCUCCAAGGUGGCCAAGGGAAAGCUCUCGGAAGACCUCGCCAGGAAGUACUUCCAGCAGCUGAUAAGCGCCGUUGACUUGUGCCACAGCCGCGGCGUCACCCACCGCGACCUCAAGCCCGAGAAUCUCCUCCUGGACCAGAACGAGGACCUGAAAGUCUCCGACUUCGGACUCUCGGCGCUCCCCGACCAGCGGCGCGCGGACGGCAUGCUCCUGACCCCCUGUGGGACCCCCGCUUACGUGGCACCCGAGGUCUUGAAAAAAAAAGGCUACGACGGCUCCAAGGCUGAUAUUUGGUCCUGCGGUGUCAUCCUCUACGCCCUUCUCUCCGGCUACUUACCCUUCCAAGGCGAAAACGUCAUGCGAAUUUACCGAAAGGCUUUCAAAGCUGAUUACGCUUUCCCUCACUGGAUUUCCCCCCAGGCCAAAUCCCUCAUUUCCAACCUCCUCCUUGCCGACCCUGCUAAGAGGUUCUCCAUUCCCGAUAUAGUCAAGGAUCCUUGGUUUCAAAUUGCUUUCAUGACCCCGAUUGCGUUUUCCAUCAAGGAGGAUGCACUCAACCACAACCUCCAUUUCCACCACCACGAGGCUAAACCUCCCAGGCCGUUUUACAAUGCGUUUGAGAUUAUUUCGUCGCUCUCCCACGGUUUUGAUCUCAGGAGCUUGUUCGAGACCAGCAAGCGCUCGCCCUCCGUCUUUAUAUGCAAGUUUUCUGCUUCCGCCGUGCUGGGCAAGCUUGAGGCCGUCGCCAACAAGAUUAACUUCAGGGUCACCGCCAAGAAGGAGUUUGCGGUGACCAUGCAGGGGGCGGAGGAGGGCCGCAAGGGGAGGUUGGCCAUGACGGUCGAGGUUUUCGAGGUGGCGCCGGAGGUGGCCGUCGUGGAAUUUUCCAAGUCCGCCGGAGACACGCUGGAGUAUGUUAAAUUCUGUGAGGACCAAGUGAGGCCGUCGCUAAACGACAUCGUUUGGAGCUGGCAGGGGGAUGCUAAUAGUAACAACCACCACUCCAACAGUUAGUAUGAGUUUAUGUGUCACUUGCAUUUGCAACAUAAAAUAACAAGAGUUGAGAGUUGUUUAUUUUAUUUACAGUUUCUACUUAUGAUUCUAGGUAGUUUGGUUUGGUACCAUGUAAAUUUGGAGUUUGUGUUGAUGGACAUGGUGUGUGAAUUUAAUAGAGCAAAAAUGAUCCCCAAAUUAUCUAUCACUUUUGGAUUAUUUUUGGUUUUCAUUAGAGUUUCUGUUGGCUCCAUUUAAGUGCCAACAUGCAGCAAGUGUUACAGGAAAACGAAAAUCGAUUGGUGGAGACUAUGGGUUGGGUCCCUUGAUGUUAGAAAAAGGGGUGAUGUGGAUUUGGGAGGGUAGGGAUGGGGAGGCUUCCAUUUAAUUUCGAAAAGGAUAAUUGGAACUUGGAAGGCCCCGGAUUGGCCUAUGGAGCAUAAAGAUUAAAGUUGGGGUGUUGCUGUUACCGUGUUAGCGUUAAUCCAAGUCUUUAUGCGAUUAAGUGGCUGUUUGGACCACUUUCAUUUUCAUACAUGUUUUUAUUUGAGAUCCGUCCAGGGGACGACUGGGCAAGAUUAAUGAACUUCUUUCGUUCGGUA